AUGGAGUCGCUCAGCGAUACCACGUGGGACGUGGUAAUCUGUGGCACUGGCCUGCCACAGUCACUUCUCGCGCUGGCCCUUUCCCGAUCGGACAAGAAGAUCCUCCACGUUGAUCCCAAUGAAUACUAUGGAAGCUCAGACGCAGCCUUCAGCCUGCAAGAAGCCGAAGAAUGGGCCGCCUCACGCGGACGUGCUGGCGACAGCGUCUUCAGUGCGGCCUCGGUCACCAAGGCGGACGGGCAAGAUGCCCUCCGCUCGCGUGCCUACUCGUUGUCUCUCACGCCGCACCUGAUCCACACUCGAUCCAAGCUCCUCUCCCAGCUCGUCUCGUCCCGAGCCUUCCGGCAGGUUGAGUUUCUCGCCGUCGGCUCAUUCUUCAUCUAUAAGCCGGCGUCUGGCAGCGACGCGAAGCCCAGCUUGGCGCGCAUACCCUCAACGCGCGAGGCUGUCUUCAUGUCGACCACAAUCCCUGCGCGCGCCAAGCGUGCGCUGAUGAAGUUUCUCAAGUUCGUCCUGGAGUACGACUCGGAGCCUCAGACCGAGACAUGGAAGCCGCAUGCCGACACACCGCUUGUCGACUUCCUGGAGAGCCAGUUCAAGCUAGAUGACGAGCUAAGGACGUAUGUUCUCACGCUGACGCUAUCUUUGGAUGGCAGAGCUUCAACGAGGGACGGACUGGCGAUGAUCCAGCGACAUCUGACGUCCAUGGGCAUGUUCGGCCCAGGCUUCGCCGCAGUAUAUCCCAAGUGGGGAGGCGAUGGCGAGAUUGCCCAGGUGGCAUGCCGCGCCGGUGCUGUCGGUGGAGCUGUCUACAUGCUCGGCACGGGCAUCCAGCAGCUCAAGCCCUCCGAUGGCGACGAGGAACUCGAGAUUGAGCUUACCAACGACGUGACGAUAAAGUCGAGGCUGCUCGUACGAAGCAGUGAAGCACCUGCGGAUCCCAUCCAGCGUGUGAGCCGACUGACUGCGGUGAUUGACGCGCAUAUUCCGUCCCUUUUCGAAGUUGUCACCGAGGGUGCACCAACGCCGGCCGUUGCAGUGAUCGCCUUCCCGGCUGCAUCCGUACGCUCCGGUGAUGGCGUCGCAUCGGAACUCCCCGUCUACGUGGCCGUUCACUCUAGCGAUACCGGGGAGUGUCCGGCUGGCCAAAGCGUAUUGUACCUGACCACACCUUGUUCCACAACAUCGAAGUCGGUUCUAGAACAGUGUCUCAAGUCGUUCCUGUCCGCGGUAGAUGCCCAGACCGCGCCCACUGUCGUUUAUCAACUGUACUACGAACAGUCUGGCGGGCCGGCCAACUCGAGCCUCAAUGGCAGGGUUUUUGAGCUGCCAAAUUCCUCCCUUGAUCUCUCUUUCAAUGAUGCCAUUUUGGAGCCAGUGCACCAAGCCUGGAAGCAGGUCAUGGGCGGCGAGGUCAGCGAGGAAGUGGACGAAGAGUACAUGAAAUUUAAAGACCGCGAAGGUAUGGGUGACGACGACAACGACUAUGAUUAA